AUGGAGGCAAAUCGAGCAGAAGCGCAGCGUUGUGUAGAUAUAGCACGUAAUGCACUACGAGGAAAAGAUAACGCAAAAGCCGUUAAAUUUUUGCAUAAAGCUACGAAGUUAGAUCCUACGAUGGAUGUGGAAUAUUUAUUAAAAAAAGCGCAAACACUAAAUGGCGAUAAUGACGAAGGUGAUUAUCAUUCAACAGGAACAGAUGCCGGUUAUGGACAUUACGAUCAGUAUGAAACAGACUCGGAUAUUCGAAGUCGCCGGACGCAGUUUCAUACUGACCGUAAUCAGUCAGCCAUGAAUGGUAAAGGAGGUUGCCCAGACGGAGCUGAUGAAGGUUCAUCGUCAAGUACUACUGAGGCAAAACAGAGGGGCUCACGUUCACGUUCAUCAGCUCGCCCAAAGCUUGGUGUUCAUUAUACGAAAGAAGAGUUAGACAUUGUUGAAAGAAUACGGCAUUGCAAAGAUUAUUAUGAAAUACUGAAUCUCAAGAAGAAUGCAAAUGAAUCAGAUCUGAAAAGGGAAUAUCGUAAGCUGGCAUUGCAACUUCAUCCCGACAAGUGUCGAGCACCUGGCGCUACUGAGGCGUUCAAAGCGCUUGGCAAUGCUUAUGCGGUUCUUUCCAAUAAAGAUAAGCGUGCUCAGUAUGAUCUCUACGGUGCUGAAGGACUCCGAAGACGGGCUAAUCAACAUGACGAUGAAUUUAGCGAAUACGAUUAUAGCGGAGGUUUUGAAGCGGAAUUUACUCCGGAAGAGAUUUUCAACAUGUUCUUUGGUGGUGGUUAUCCAGCAGGCCAUUUAAAUAGACGGCAGCGUGGGGCACAGUAUCACUUCCAUCAACAACAUUCAGCACAACAAGACCAGUCACCGUAUGCACCCAUUUUGCAACUUUUACCACUUUUUGCCGUACUUUUCCUUGGUUUGAUUGCUCAACUAAUGGUAGGCGACCCAGCAUUUUCAUUGCACCGUACUGGCAAAUAUACGGAAGAACGUUUUACGAGGGAUCUUCAAGUGCCAUAUUACGUUAAAACUGAUUUCCUAACCAAUUAUCGGAGUAAGAUAGCUCCAAUUGAGCAUCAGGUUGAAGACGAGUAUGUUUCUCAUCUGCGCAUGAAAUGCUACAGGGAAAGAAAUGAGAGAGAGACUGCCUUAUGGAGAGCACGUACCUUCGGUGAUGCCGAUCUGUGGAACCGAGCGCAGCGUAUGGGAACACCAAGUUGUGACAGGCUACAAGAAAUAUAUAGUUAA